AUGUCUGUUCAUCAGCCUGACGGUGGAAACAACAAACCGGACAGUAUAAGAGUGAUACACAUCGGUCAGUCGGAUCAGCAGCAGCAGCAAAAAAACCAACAUAGAAAAUAUGCCUCAAACCGUAUUACGUCAUCACAAUACACCUUACUGAACUUCAUUCCAAAGAUCUUGUUUGAGCAGUUUCACAGACUGGCCAAUAUAUACUUCUUGAUCGUGGCUCUGAUAAGCUUUUUUGUUGAUACUUCGGUAAGCGGUUGGGCGACACUAGCGCCAUUGAUUUUCGUCGUUGGAUUGACUGUCGUUAAACAGGGCUACGAAGAUUUUUUGCGUCACCGUGCCGACGGUGAAGUCAACAACAAGAAUUGUCAUGUGAUAAAAUCGGGUCAAUUGAUUGACGUUAAAGCAAAGAACAUAAAGAUGUACAUGAGCCCGAAAGAGACAGCGCGUUACAACACCCCUGACAACAUCAGCAAGUUAAGAGCAGUCAUCGAAUGUGAACAGCCAACGAAGAAUCUGUACAAAUUUGUUGGCAAGAUAAUCGUUGAAAUGGAAGCACGUGACUCUGUUGAUGACGCUAUUGCAGCAGCUGCUACUGCUGCAACGUCAUCGUCGUCGUCGUUAUCAUCUUUCCAACAAUCGUAUUCAUCGUCGGAAAAUUCUGUUUUGAAGCGUGACAACAACAAAUUCAAUCAGAGUAGUAACAGUAUUGAUGAUGAUAGAAAUAACAACAACAACAACAUCAGCUACAACAACAACAACAAAAACAACAAUUACAAUAACAAUUUCUUAAAUAAUGCCGAUGAUAAAAAGACUGUUUCUUGCAGCCUGGCUUCAUCUAAUUUACUCUUGAGAGGAACGACUUUAAAAAAUACCGAAUAUAUCAUAGGCUGCGCAGUCUACACCGGUCUGGAGACAAAAAUCUCGCUAAACACGAUGCAUCACAACCACAAGUACUCCAAGAUCGAAAGGAGGUUGAAUGAUUUUUUGAUAUUUUACUUCGUCGUCCUCCUGAUAAUCUCUGUACUAUGGGAAUUAUUCGCCUACAUAUUCUACGAAGUUAAUGAGUCGAGAUUCACUGGCUCGUGGUUCUUGCUGGAAGUUCCAUCAGUGAAUUUCUCUCUCUUCGUCAAAGAAUUUUUCCUGUUCAUGGUCUUAUUCAACUACAUCAUCCCCAUAUCCAUGUAUGCUACCAUCGAGUUGCAGAAAUUUUUUAGUUCCAUAUUUUUUGAGUGGGAUUUGGACAUGUACGACGAUGAAAUUGGCGAGCGCGCGAAGGCCAACACGUCUGACCUCUUAGAAGAAUUGGGACAGGUCCAAUAUUUGUUUGCUGAUAAGACCGGAACAUUAACACAGAACAACAUGGUGUUCAGAAAAUUAUUUGUUCACGACCGAGUCUACGAAGAAAUUGACGGAAAGUUGUAUGAAGUUAAUGAUGUUGAUAUUCGUGGUGAAAACUUUGGUGAUGAAGGUAGUGGCAAAACAAAUGAAUUAGAAUUUGCAUUGACAUGCCUGGCUCUAUGCCACACCGUCAGAAUUGAUAAGUUACAUCAACAGCAACACAGACCACCACCACUACCACAACAGAAGCAACAGAAGCAGCAGCAACAUAAAAAAUUAUUGUAUCAGUCUGCCUCUCCAGAUGAAAAAGCACUCGUAGAAGCUUGUGCCAGAUUUGGUGUAGUGUUCGAAGGACUCGAGAACGACGUGAUUAUAAUCGCCUACAACAACUUCAGCAACAACAUUAACAUCAACAACAACGAUAACAUCAACAACGACGACAACAUCAACAACAAUAAUAACAGUAGCAACAGCAUUAACAUCAACAACAACAUUAACAUCAACAACAACGACAAUAAUAUCGACAACAAUAUUAACAACAACAGCACCAGCAACAACAUUAACAACAACACCAAUGUUUCCGAUGAACGUAUGACAAAUACAAAUGAGAUAAACAUGACACAAGUACAAGGCGAAAAAGUUCGGACAACUGGAACCGCGAAAACGUCGUCAAGAAAGUUUAAAAAACAAUUCAAGCUGCAUCACAUUCUGGAGUUUGACUCGGUCAGAAAAAAGAUGAGCGUUAUUGUCGAAGAACUGACUAACAAUGAUGACGACGACGACGAUGAUGAUGGUUACAACGCUGAUAAUGAUGCCAAAAUUAAUAAUGAAACCAUCAAAGAUGAUGACGUUGAUAGUGAAAAUUCUACUCUUACCACCACCAACAACAACAACAUUCAAAAAAACAAAAAAGAAGGUUUCAAAAAUAAUACAAAGAAAACUGAUUCAGAAAGAAAUCGAUUCUUGGUCAUUUGCAAGGGAGCCGAAUCAACAGUGCUCGAAGGUUUAGCCAGUGGUCAACCAACCCAACUCAUUGACGGAGUCGAGAAGCAAGUUGAAAGAUUUGCCGAGGAUGGAUAUCGAACGUUGGUUGUAGCCUACAGAAGUUUAUCUUUUGAGGAGUUCCAAAGAUUCAAUGUUCUGUUGAAUGAAGCUAAAGAAUCACUUGUCAACCGAGAAGAUAAAUUGAAUGAAGCUUACGACUCAAUAGAGCGAGAUAUGUUUGUAGUCGCAGCGACAGCCAUCGAGGAUCAGCUACAAGAGGAUGUAGCCGCUACUAUUGAAGCGCUGAGAGAGGCGGGAAUCAAAGUCUGGGUGCUAACGGGCGAUAAAGAAGAAGCGGCGAUUAAUGUGAGUUACUCGUGUGGUCACCUGACCAAAGAUAUGAUAAACCUUCAACUGACCAGACAGAUGAAUAGAGACAGCUGUCAUGAGAGUCUCAUGGCGUUCAAAGAAAUACUGGACCAACGAAACUCACAACGAAACUCUAAACACGCGUUGAUAAUUGACGGAAAGAGAUUAUCAUUCUGUCUGGAAGACGAUGAAAUCCAGAAUUUGUUAACAACUGUCUCGCAGAUGUGUGAGGCCGUUCUAUGUUGCAGGAUGUCACCCAUGCAAAAAGCCUUCGUGGUAAAGCUGAUAAAAUGCACAGCAAACAGCCCAACGACUGCAGCUGUGGGGGACGGUGCCAACGAUGUCAACAUGAUUCGAGAGGCCCAUGUCGGGAUAGGUAGGGAUAAUGGGCAAGGAAGGAAGGCAGGCUGCCAGAUCAAGUGAUUACGCCAUUGGAAAAUUCAAAUUUUUAAAAAAGUUACUCCUAGUACACGGACACUACUUCUACUGUAGACUGGCCUAUCUUGUCUUGUACUCAUUCUACAAAAAUGUUGCUAUGACGGGAGUGCAAAUCUUCUACACGAUAUUUUCUGCCUUUUCUGCACAGACGGUCUUCAGCAGUUUCUACCUGAUGUUUUACAACACAACAUUCACCGCUCUACCCAUAAUUUUAUUCGCCAUAUUCGAACGGCACCUACCCAGUUCGAUCCUGAUGUCAUCGCCAUUUUUAUACACACGAAUUAGAGACAACAAGCUGCUAAACAAAUGGAACUUCUCAAUUUGGAAUAUAUCAGCCAUAUGGCAUUCAGUGGUCAUAUAUUUCGGAGUCUACUUCGCGGUUAACAUAGGCACUACUCUGUUCUCGAACGGAUGGGGGUUUGGGGCUGUUUGAUUUCGGCGGUCUGGCAAUGAUAGUAUGUGUAAUGGUUGUAAACAUU